AUGGCGAUUCCGGAGAUGACAACUAAGUUUUCCGUUCAUGAAAACAAACCACCUGAAAGACUUGUACGGAUAUCAAUGACAGAUCUUUAUGCAACUGAUUCUUCCAGUGAAGAAGAAGACGGAGGUUUCGUACGGCGGCGCGUAAAGAAGUAUGUCAAUGAGAUUAACAUACAAACGACGUGCAGAGCUACGGUGGGGGUUGAGAAGUCCAAGAAGACGACUGGAAAUAGGGAGUCAGGUCUUCAAGCUAAACAGAAGCCAAUGAAGACGACUAAAACUCCGGUGAACAAUGGGAGGAAGUUCAGAGGGGUGAGACAAAGACCUUGGGGUAAGUGGGCGGCGGAGAUUAGGGAUCCGGCGAGACGUGUCCGGUUGUGGCUGGGGACUUAUGAAACGGCGGAGGAGGCUGCGAGGGUGUACGACAACGCCGCUAUUAAACUCCGUGGUCCUGAUGCUUUGACAAACUUUAGCAAUCCACCGAUUGAGGAAAACCCACCGCCGGUCAAUAUUCCGUCGACGUCCGGGUAUGAUUCAAGCGAAGAGUCGCACAACCUUCUCUCUCCAACUUCCGUUCUCCGGUUUAGUAGCACCAAUAAUGACAAUAGUAACAGUCACUCCAAAGAAGCACUUGAACCGGUCAAAGAAGCUGAAGAGUGUCAGUCAACAAACUGGUUUGACCCGGUUAUUAAGCUUGACCCGAAUACUAAUUUAGUAGUUGACAAGAAAGGGUUGGAUCCUUUUGGAGAUGAUGUGCCAUUCUUGAAUAAUCUUUUCGAUUUCCAAUCACCGGAGCUAACUCAAUUUGGUGAUGGAGCUCUAUUUAAUAUGAUGGGUGGUGAUUUCCGGUCACUUGACUCUAUUGAAUUUGAUAACUAUGUUAGCUUAUCGUUUUUUGAAAAUUUCAAGGAUCCAAUUUAUGAUAUUGGUUCACUUUCGACUUUGGAAGUGGAGAAUUACUUCCAAGACAUUUAA